CAAUUGGCAUACUAGCUACAACUUGAGAGAGAGAAGGUACGGUGAAGACGAACAACAUGGCGCAUGUAGCCGGGUUGCUCGCCUCGGCUGUGGUCUCAGCAGUGGGCAAUAAGCUAGGUUCCGCCAUUGGGGAUGAGGUCACGAUGCUGUGGAGCUUCAAGGACGACCUCAAGGACAUGAAGGACACGUUGGAGUCCAUGGAGGCGGUGCUCAAGGAUGCUGAGAGGCGGUCUGUCAAGGAGGAGUUGGUGCGGUUGUGGCUCAACCGGCUCAAGCACGCUGCCUAUGACAUCUCUUAUAUGCUUGAUGAGUUCCAAGCUAACAGUGAACCAGCCUCCAGAAAGAUGAUUGGGAAGCUGGACUGUUUUGCUAUCGCACCCAAGAUUACCAUGGCUUAUAAGACGAAUAAGAUGAGAUGUCAGCUGAGGAAGAUCAAAGAGGAUCACGAGAGUUUCAAAUUCACACAUGAUAACUCCAGCCUAAUUAGUGCGCACCAGUUUCCUGAUCCACGGGAAACAACAUCAGAUGUGAUUGAAUCCCUCAUCAUAGGGAGAGACAAAGACAUGAUGAAUGUUCUUUCUUUGUUAUCCACAAGCAGCAACAAAGAAGAUAUCACAAUACUUCCUAUCUGUGGGCUUGGAGGCAUAGGAAAGACAACUUUGGCACAACUGGUCUUCAAUGAAUGUUUGACUUGA